AUGCACUGUCGUUGGUCGUUAUUGGUAAAGACGGUUUACGCUUGUGUUGCGGGAGCACUGAACGAGCCCCCAAACGCCAAGGCUGUAUUCUCUUCAAUGCAUCCUAACACCCCGAACAUGGCGUUUGCCAGCGCUUUCGGGGGCGUGUCACUAUUGGCGGCUCCGCGAAGAGCAAGACUGCCUCACCAUAUUAGUGACAAACAUAUUUGCGCAUCUGCAGCUGGACGAAACCUAGAUCGUUCCCAGAGCAAACGUGGAGAAAGCACAGAGGACAAAUGGACGACAGAGAAAAUACGGGCACCGCGAAGACAGCGAGGUGGUGGAAGAGAACGGAGGGGAAGCGUACGAAUCCAAGGAAAGUACUACAGACCAAAAGCGUUGCCCCCGCAGCCCCCGGGGCUUCGUGUGUCUUCCGGUACUGCUCGAGGGCGCAAAAUCAAAUCGCCAAAUGUCUACCUGCGCCCCAUGAUGGCCAAAGUCCGAGAAGCCCUAUUCUCAAUGCUGGAAAUGUUUCAAGUGCUGCGAUCUGAUUGUGUAACACUAGAUUUGUUUGCAGGAAGUGGGAGUAUUGGGAUUGAAUCACUGUCACGCGGAAUGGGACGCGCUGUUUUUGUGGAUGCAGCGCAUGAGUGUACGGAAACAAUUGAAGAAAACCUCAUAAAUUGCCGCUUCGAUGCACAGGGACAAACAGUAUGCGCCCGUGUAGAAAAUUUUGUGAAGAACGGAGCCAAGCUCAACAACAAUCAGCAUUAUAAUUUGAUCACGGUGACGCCGCCGUACGAAGAAGUGAACUACUCUGAUUUAAUGACCGCCAUUGCGCUCUCGGACUGUGUUGGAGAGGACACUUUUGUGGUGGUUGAGUACCCCGUCGAAUUGAAAUCACUCCCUCCGGUCAUUGGUCACAGAUUAAUUGGUCUCAGAAAUCGCAGAUCCCACGUGGCGCUGGUGAGUGGGGGGUAG